CAGAUGUGCCAAGUCUUGUAAAUAUCUGCUCUUAAACCUGCGGUGCAAGAUUAAGGGCAUGCAUGAUAUAUGUUUCUCAACGACCACCAUCCUACUCCAUCUGUACCAUUCCCUACUCCUGCAUACCGUCGUGUAGCUCACGUAAUGGGUAUAGUGAACAAAGAGCAAACUCCCAGCCUUCCAAGCAAGCCGAAUGAGGUGUUCCAGCUGCAUCAUCCCGAGCUGCUCAUUGCUGCGGCUCAUGGCGACUCCCAUGAAAUAAAGCGCCUUCUUCUUCUUCUUCUUCACAGGGGUGAAGAAGAUACAGCGCGUCAAGUCGUCCUCGAUGUCGUCGAGGAUACCAUCACCGACGACGUCGACAAGCCAGCUGCAACUGCAACUGCAACACCCCCUUCAGAAGCGGUCACCGGUGCAGGGGACUCCAUCCUCCAUGUAGUAGCGUCUAGUGGAGAUGGAGAUGAAUUCUUGGAGUGUGCAACGGUGAUCGUUGGCAAGGCCAAUCAUCUCCUCACCGCCCCUAACGGGAAGGGCGACACCCCCCUGCACUGCGCCGCCCGGCUCAGGAAUGCUAGGAUGGUCUCUCAUCUCUUGGCUCUGGCAAGAGCCAGGGACGGCACCAGUGAUGAUGAGAGGGUGAAGGCGACCCUAAGAAUGCAAAAUGGGGAGGGAGAGACGGUGCUGCACGAAGCCGUCCGUAUGGAAGACAAGGAAAUGAUCGGCGAGCUACUGUCAGCGGACUCACAGCUAGCUCGUGUUCCGCUGACCGAUGGCGCCUCGCCGCUGUACUUGGCCCUCUCGCUGGGUCACAGGGACAUUGCAAAGCUGCUCUUUGAGAAAGACGGCAAGCUGUCUUACUCUGGACCGGACGGCCAAAAUGCCUUACACGCAGCUAUACAGUGGAAAUGGGGCCAAGAGACAAUAAAAAUGGUAUUGGAAAGGAACAAAGAUCUUAUCAAGCAAGCAGACCGACCCACCGGACGGACCCCACUACACUACGCAGCAUUAUUCGGGGAGACGAGCAUGACCGAGUUGCUACUGCCCGCUGACCCAUCUGGAGUGUAUUUGCCAGACAGGAAUGGGUCGUUCCCCAUACAUCUCGCUGCGUCAAACGGCCAACCUUAUAAUGUUUUGGCCUUGUUACAAGAGAGCGGCCCUUACUGUGCCCAGCUACGCGAUGGCAAAGGCAGGACCUUCCUCCAUAUCGCCGUCAAGGAUGAAAGCUGGGCGGUGGUUAAGUAGGCUUGCCAAGAACACCGCAAGAUGUUCGCAUCGUCAGUCAUGAACAUGCAGGACAACGACGGGAACACUGCACUACACCUCGCUGUUGAGGUCGGGGAUAUACGUAUGGUCCAUGCUCUGGUGUCAAUACCAGAGGUUAAGUUAAAUCUAACCAACAAGGAGGGAGAAACGCCACGAGAAUUUGCAUCCAGGUACGGACAACAAGAAGAGACAAACCUCAGCUACUGGAACCCACGGUCUAGGAUAUACUGGUUGCUGCACAAUGCCGCCCAUUUGACUGCUUCUCCAUGGGACAAUAUCUUACCGAGAGAAAUCCACAAUGUAGGGGACGUUGACAUAUCGCAGAUCAUCGUCCAACGCACGCAGUUCAUUGGUCUUGGCUCGGUACUGAUUACGACGGUGACGUUCGCCGCAGCCUUUGCCGUGCCAGGUGGCUAUCGAACAGACGGCACACCGGUGCUGGCUGGGCAGUACGCCUUCAACGCGUUUGUCAUGGCCAAUACACUGGCAUUCGCCUUCUCCGGUCUAUCCAUCAUCUUUCUCAUGCUUGCAGGGUUGGCCGCUGAGUCAGGAAGACACAAUAUCUCCUUGGUCCACUCCAUAAAUCUCUUGGCUUGGUCGGCUAGGAGCCUCAGCGCCGCCUUCACGUUCGGGAUGUACGCGGUGCUAGCUCCAGUGAAGCGCAAAAACGCCUUCAUCCCUUCUUGUGGUGUUAUGGUUGGCGCGCUCAUGGGAUUGGAAGUCGGAUGGGGCUUGUGGGCAGUGAAAACGGUAUUCGACGACAGAGUGGUCCUGGUGAAGAGGAUUGGAGGUAGGGCAUGGUGGUGGCUGCCACUGAUAGUCCUAGGGAGACUGAUGUUUGAAUUCCACGCAUACAUUCUGAUCUCCCUGUCUGCUUUGGUAUAGAAGAGUGAGUGCAUUGACUUGGAAUGGUUUUGUGUACCCACCAACAAAACCAAAUGGUAUUUUAGUGUGAAUUACCUUCCAAGGCACUUGUAUGCCGCUAAUAUAUGCUGAGGCCGAGCCUCGUAUUUCCA